AUGAAGACUGUCGUUACUUUCGCCCUCGCGCUCUUCUGGAUUCAAACUGUCCUCGCGCAGGAUUAUCCGCCGUCGAUUGCGAACGUGAUUCUGCCGUGCGCCAAGGAGAGCGGCAGCACGGACAGCGACUGGGCGGCGAUCCAGAAGGGCGACUUCCGCUCCGUCAAGGACCUCUUCGGCUGCUUCGCCGACUGCAUCCUGAAGAAGGUCGGCGUGAUCACGCCAGACGACGUCUUUCACGCAGACGUGUUCAAGCAGCGCGUCUCGCUGUAUCUCAACGACGCUCACGCGCAGGAAUUCACGGACAGAUGCGCUUCGCAAUUCGGCACGGAGAAGUGCAAAGUGUCCGGAAAGGUUCACGCGUGCCUCAUCAUGUCGAUCAUGGGAAAUCUGUUCGCCGCCUGA